AUGGUACUGGUGCUAGUACUGGUACUGGUACUGGUGCUAGUACCGGUGACCCCCCCGAUGCUGAACGUGGACAAGCGGCCGUUGGUGCUGGUGGGGGCCUGUGAGGCAGUGGCCCAGCUGCUCUUCAUGUUGGGCGCGGCGCACCUGCCGGGGCCGCUACUGCCGCUGGUCAACCAAACGUACCUGGCGUGGAGUCUGGUGUUUGCGAGCGCCAUCCUGGGAACCAGAUAUUCCCGCUCCCAGUUGUUGGGUGCGGCGUUGGUGCUGGCGGGUGUUUGUGCGGCGGCAGUGCAGCCCGCUACCCUGGCACACUUGAUGGCGCAUCUAGGGUGGGGAGGGGGAGCAGCAAGCGCCACUGCUACUGCGGCCACUGCUACUGCUACUGCGGCGGCGGUGGAGCUCCGCUACGUGGGCGUGUGUGUGGCGUGUUUCGCAUUUCCCGCCAUCGCCAACUGCAUUAAGGAGCGUGUAUUCAGGUCUUUUGCCGCCGUACACGGCCGCACCCUGGAUAUCUUCGUGGUGAACUCCUUCGGCUCCCUCUUCCAGGCGGCCUUCGUGCUGCUGCUGCUGCCCGUCAUGACAGCCGUGAAGGGCACCGCGCUGGCGGACCUGCCCACGCACCUGGCCGCGUCGCUGAGGGUGUUCGCGGGCAACGUCCCGCCGGAGGUGUCAGGCGUGACGGGCGCGGCGGCGGCGGGGGGAUGGUGGGUGCCGUACACGGUGCCGCUGGUGGCGUUGUCGUACGUGGUGAUGAACUUGGUGUUCAACAUUUCCAUUCUGACGCUUCUGCGGAGUGUCGGCUCCGUCACCACCACCUUGGUGGCUUCGUCGCUGGUGCCUCUCACCAUUGCUGCCUUCACAUUGCCACUGCCGUACCUGGAGCCCGCCCUCAUAGGGCCCAACUUUGUGGUGGGCGCAUCGCUGCUGAUGGCGGGCCUUGUGACGUACAACAGUGACAGUUGGCGGGCACUGCUGGCGAGCAGGGUGUCCGCCGCAGCGGCCCCGGGGCCCCCGGGGGGUUAG